AUGGUGGGGGAGAACGAAACAACACCUGAUUCUCAACCCCUGCAUCUAUCUGGAGUUCUUUCGGGGACUCCAAGUCAAAGUCAAUGGCAUGGCAGAAAACCCGAGCCAUUGACUAUUCCGACUGGCAAGAACUUGAGGAAUAUUCUUCAGCAGAGUAUUGCGCUGCAUGAGAGAGAGGGAGAGGGGACGAAAAACAUGAACCGAGGCCAAGCACGGACAAAUCACCAACGAUUCGAGCUCUACCUGCGUCGAUGGAGUGAAACAUCUCCUCUUUCUCGGGCAGAAGACUGCAUGCUCCAGCGUCUCAACUAUUCGCACUUCAACUCAAUCGGCCGGGUGCUUGGACCAAAGGGCAUCCGCGAAGCAGGUUUGAACUUUGAAGUCAUCCAGUCUUGCACCCUGAACGCGAGAUCCUUUGGAAAUGGAGAAACGGCUUCUCUGAGCCUUCAUUCAGAAACAAAGAUCCAAGACCAUGAUCCGGAUGCGCCCGCCCGCCCGCGCCGGAGAGAAAGCACUUACACCAUCAAGACUUCGCUAUCGGGCCAGCUCAUGCAGUAA